CAAUCACGCCAUAUUGUUUUCUAGUGUUUACAAAGCGGCCGAUUUUUGAAUGGUAAAAUUUUCAAUUAAAACAACAUUUAAUUGAAAAUGUCUCCAAGAUUAAAGCAUAUCGAAGUGGAAAACUUCAAGUCAUAUAAAGGACGUCGAAUUAUAGGACCCCUCAAGCCUUUUAACGCAGUAAUUGGACCCAAUGGCUCAGGGAAAUCAAAUUUCAUGGAUGCUAUCAGUUUCGUUAUGGGCGAAAAAACGCAAAGUUUGAGAGUCAAGAGGUUAAGCGAUUUAAUUCAUGGAGCUGCUAUUAGUAAACCGGUAUCCAGAAGUGCUUCUGUAACUGCUGUCUUUAGUUUGGACGAACCAGAUAAAGAAAUAUCAUUUCAACGAUCUGUACAAGGAUCAUCAUCUGAGUACAAAAUAAAUGGCAGUAUUGUAACUCUGAAUGAUUAUUUGGGUGAAUUAGAGAGAUUGAAGAUUAAUGUCAAGGCAAAGAACUUUUUGGUGUUCCAAGGAGCUGUGGAAUCAAUUGCUAUGAAGAAUCCUAAAGAAAUGACAGCAUUGUUUGAAGAAAUCAGUGGAUCUGGAGCAUUGAAAGACGAAUAUGACAAACUAAAGCAACAAAUGCAAAAAGCGCAAGAAGAAAUAAACUUUGCUUUACAAAAGAAAAAAGGUAUUAAUGCUGAAAGAAAGGAAGCUAGGAUGGAAAAAGAAGAAGCAGACAAGUAUGCUCGACUUAAAGAUGACCUGAAUGAUAAAUUAGUUGAACAUCAACUAUUCAGGGCAUUUCAUAAUGAAAGAGCGAUGAAGAACAAAGAACAGGAACUGAAGUCCAAACAGAAAGAACUGGAGAAAGUUGAGAAAGAAAAAGGAAAACACGAAGAUUUUUUGAAGGAAAAAAAGAAAGAACAAGGAAAAUUAAACAGAGAACUUGCUAAAAUUGAACAAGAAAUUCGCGAAGUCGAUGUGGAAUUGUCAAAAAAACAGCCAAUGUUUAUUAAAACCAAAGAAAGAGUUACUCAUAUGGAUAAAAAGGUACAAAGUGCUCAUAAAACUUUGGAACAAGCUAAAAACGCUCAUGAAGCUCACAUGAACGAUAUCAGAAAGCUAGAAAAAGAACUGGCUGAUGUAGAAAAGGCUAAAGCUGAGUAUGAAGACCAAAUUGCUGGGGAAUCACAGAGUCAGGGUAGGGAUGUGCACUUGGAAGAUGAACAAGUCAGAGAAUACCACAGAUUAAAAGAAGAAGCUGCUAAAAGAUCAGCCAGAUACAUGCAGGAACUCGACUCGGUAAAUAGGGAACAGAAAGCCGAUCAGGAUCGUCUGGAUAACGUAUCCAGACUCAGAACGGAUGCGGAAAACAAACAUUUACAGAAGUGCCACGAAAAAGAAGAGAUGGAAAAGAGAAUAGCCAAGUUGGCAGACCAUAUUCAGUCGAGUGAACAAGCUUUGCAUGAUCAGAAACAAAUGCUGAAAGAUCUGCAAUCCGAUGUGGGAUCUUCUAAAAAUUUGGUGCACGAAAUCCAGAAGCAGAUGGAAGACGUUAUGGAGCAGCUGGGCGAUGCCAGGACGGACAAACACGAAGAUACAAGAAGAAGGAAGAAACAGGAGAUUGUGGAGAGGUUCAAGUCAAAUUAUAGCGGAGUGUAUGAUCGUAUGAUAAACAUGUGUCAACCAAUCCACAAAAGAUACAAUGUUGCCAUUACCAAAGUAUUGGGUAAAUACAUGGAAGCCAUAGUUGUCGAUACUGAACACACCGGGAGACAGUGUAUUAAAUACCUAAAAGAACAGAUGUUAGACCCAGAAACGUUUCUUCCUUUGACAUAUCUACAAACAAAACCUGUCAAAGAAAGACUGCGUAAUAUUACUGAUCCAAAGGGUGUAAAACUGAUAUAUGACGUGUUACAAUUUGAACCUUCUGACAUAGCCAAUGCUGUCAUGUUCGCUACUAACAACGCCUUGGUGUGUGAAUCCCCUGAAGAUGCCAGCAAGGUUGCCUAUGAGUUAGGAGGAAGAUAUGAUGCUGUAGCCCUUGACGGUACCUACUAUCAAAAAUCCGGCAUCAUAUCAGGAGGUAGUUUGGAUUUGGCAAGGAAGGCCAAAAGAUGGGACGAAAAACACGUGUCUCAACUGAAAGCACAGAAAGAAAAACUAACUAAUGAAUUAAGGGAAGCGAUGAAGAAAUCACGUCAAGAAUCUGAGAUGAACACCGUAGACUCUCAAAUCAGAGGCCUGGAAACCCGAUUAAGAUACGCCAAAGGCGAUAUGGAAAGCACUAAAAAACAAAUAAAGGCCGUUGAGAAGGAAAUAGCCUCCCUGGAUGAAGAAAUGAAACGAUACGGCCCUGAAAUUCAGGCGAUUGAGAAAAGUAUGCAAACGAGAGAACAGCAAAUCGAAGAAAUCAAACUGAGGAUGAAUACCGUAGAGGACGACGUUUUUUCGGACUUCUGCAGGGAAAUCGGUGUCAAAAAUAUCAGACAGUAUGAGGAUCGCGAGCUGCGCGCUCAGGAAGAGCGAAAACAGAAACGUCUGGAGUUCCAGAAGCAAAUAAAUCGAAUUUUUAGCAAUUUGGACUUUGAGAAGAGCAGAGACACGCAGAGCAACGUCAGUCGGUGGGAAAGAACCGUGAAUGACGAGGAAGAAAAGCUGGAAACGGCAAAAAAGCAGGAGAAGAAGCAGCACGAAGAUAUCCAGAAAGAGAGGGAAAAUUUGGAUGAGUUACAGGAGCGCAAGGCGGCUAAAAAGAAAGAAGUUGAAAAAAUGGAGGAAGAAGUCACCAAAGCCAGAAAAGGUGUGACUGCUGUAGCCAAGGAAGCUCAAGCCAUCCAAAAAGGCAUUGUAUCCAUAGAAUCUAAAAUCGAGAGCUUGAAAGGUGACAGGCACAACAUUUUAAUGCAAUGCAAAAUGGACGAUAUUGCUAUACCCAUGUUGGUGGGAAAUAUUGAGGAUAUCGUUGCAGCUGAUCCUUCAUCUCAGUCUUCAUCAAGCGAUACAAAUAGUACCAUACAACAGUACGAAAAGGAAGCAAGGAUUCAGCUGGAUUACAGCCUACUCUCCGACGACUACAAAUGCCUGGAGACCAAGGAGGAAAUAAAAAAACGCGAGGACAAGCUUCUCAAGGCCAUCCAAUCGUUACAAGACACCCUAACCAAAAUUCAGGCUCCCAACAUGAAAGCCUUGGAAAAACUAGAAUUGGCUCAAGGCAAACUGCAGUCGACCAACGAAGAGUUCGAAAAUUUGAGGAAACAGAACAGAAAAGCCAAGGCGGCCUUUGAAAAGGUCAAAUUAACCAGAUACGAGAAGUUUACUGCGUGUUUUGAUCAUGUGGUAAAUGAGAUUGACGCCAUUUACAAGUCUUUGGCUCAAAAUCAGUCGGCUCAAGCUUUUCUUGGUGCUGAAAACCCCGAAGAACCCUACUUGGACGGUAUAAACUACAACUGCGUAGCUCCAGGUAAAAGAUUCCAGCCCAUGUCUAACCUAUCCGGUGGUGAAAAGACUGUAGCUGCCCUGGCGCUGCUUUUCGCCAUCCACAGCUACCAGCCAGCUCCGUUCUUCGUUCUGGAUGAGGUGGACGCUGCUCUGGAUAACACAAACAUCGGCAAAGUUGCCAAGUUUAUUUGCGAGAAAACCGAGUCUUUGCAGAUUAUUGUUAUAUCGCUGAAGGAGGAGUUUUACUCACAUGCCGAUGCUUUGAUUGGAAUAUGUCCUCAGCCUGGCGACUGUCUAAUAAGUCAAGUAUUAACAAUGGACCUUACUGGAUAUGAUAUAAUGUAAUUUUUUUAGUCUCAAAUUCAUUAAAUGUCUUCGUUUUUUUUUCUGUAAGAAUAUGGUUCAAUUAAUGUUAAAAAAUGUUUGUUCAAUUUAAUAUAUUUCCCUUAUAAGAGUACAGAAGAUAUACCUAGAUUUAUUUUCUUCUAAUGUUUGUAGAAGUUUAUUUAAAUAAAAAUACUUUUAAGUACUUUAAAA